UCUGUGAAUAAAUUGAGUCAAUUUUUCUUCUUGCAAUGGAGAGAACUGAGUUGCUUCAACAAAUUGCCAUCACAAGACAAGCUUUAUUCGAUGAGGGAAUUUUGGAUAAGCAUUUCACUUAUCUUGAAGAUCUAGAAGAAAAUGGAAACCCUAAUUUUGUUGAAGACACCACAGGAUUAUUUUUCAGGGACUCCACCAAAAGACUGGCCACCAUUCAGCGGACUAUGGAGACCACUCCAGUUGAUUUCAUGAAGUUGGAUAAAUGCUUUUACCAAUUGAAAGGAAGCAGUGGCAGCAUUGGUGCCAUAAGAGUAAGGAAUGAAGUGAAUCGAACCAGAGAAUUAUGUGAACAGGGGAAUCUGGAAGCUGCAAAGGUAGCUUUCCAGCAACUGAGAAAUGAGCAUGAAAUUCUCAGGACUCGCCUUGAUUCUUAUCUUCAGCUAGUGAGAGAAGCUGAAUCUGGAUCUGAAACUUCUGAAAGUUAGGAGGCAGGCUCAUGUGCAGCUGAAGCUCCAGAAAAUGUCGAUACAGAAGCAGCAUUAAUGGAUAUUUGCGUCCAUAAUUAAUCUCCAAUGUUGUAAUUUCUCAGUCUGUUUCGAUCAAGGGUUUUAAAAGUUUCUGUUUAAAAUAAAGCGUGGCUUCAUUUCUGUUAUGUAAGGUCUAUAUGUAAUAGAUAAUAAUAAUAAUGUUCUUAGGCCUGAACUGGAGGUUGUCUCGGCAAAAGGUGUAUCUGAACCGGUUGGUUAAAUAAGUAGCAUUAGCAUGACGUUAA